AUGGUGACGAAGUGCAUCCACAUCGAGCUGGUGUCAAACUUAACGACGGAUGCUUUCAUUGCCGCCUUGCACCGAUUUGUCGCUCGUCGCGGCCUUCCCUCCGACGUUUACAGCGACAACGCCACAAACUUUGCUGGAGCCAGCUCGGAGCUCCACGAACUGUACGCGCUGCUGACGCAGCAGCUGACGAAGGAUGCGCUUCAAGAGUUUUGUCUGCCCAAGGAAAUUCGCUGGCAUUUUAUCCCACCACGGUCGCCGCACGUAGGAGGUUUGUGGGAAGCCGGCGUGAAGUCGGCGAAGCACCUGAUCAAGCGGAACGCAGGUGAAACGAAGCUGACAGAAGAGGAAUGGUCCACACUACUAACGCAGAUUGAAGGCAUACUUAACUCGAGGCCGUUGGUGCCGCAGACGGCGGACCCGGGUGACCUCAACGUGAUCACGCCCGGUCAUUUGCUGAUUGGCCGCCCAUUCAACGCGAUCCCGGAGCCAGCGUACGAUCAACUCAAGCCUGGAACGCUGACACGGUGGCAGCACCUGCAGAAGAUGCGAGCUGACUUCUGGAAACGCUGGUCGGCGGGCUACCUGUCCGAGCUGCAGCAGCGGCAGAAGUGGAACAAGCAGCACACUGUCGUCAUGGAAGGAGAUUUGGUGCUGCUCAAGGAGGAGAACGUUCCGGCGCUGCAGUGGAGGCUCGGCCGAGUUGUGAAGGUCCACCCGGCAAGACGGAGUCACCCGCGUGGUGACGGUAAAGACAGCAGGAGGAGUUUACAAGCGGUCGACGGCAAAGGUUGCGGUGCUCCCACUCGACGACGAAGCAGAGGAGAAGACAGCCGGUUGAAGUUCCCGGAUGUCCACUGGCGGGGAGGAUGUUGGGACGCAUUUGGCAACCCUGCAGCGAUUGACAGCUAG